AUGGGACACGAGACGCCGAACCUACUUGCAAACCGCUGCAUCAUCAUUGGUAACCACCUCCAACUUAUCAAACGGAUCGGGACCGGUGGCUACGGUGCGGUCUACUUGGUAGCAGACCUAAAGUCCGGUCAGCAGUACGCCGUCAAGAUCGUGCUGCAGGAGAAUGCCACACAAGUCUCCACGAAACCCAAGUCGAAGGAGUCCACUGCGCACGAGAUUGAAAAGCAGUUGCUUGCCUCCGCUACGCAUACACGUUUAUCUGGGUCCGGUGUUUCCUCCGCUUCCUCGUUGUUCUCCAACGCAUACAACGGCGAGGAUAUUACGUACCACAUCCCGGUCCAGACACUCUCCUUGCAUGGUAUCUCGCGCUAUAGUGGGCCGUCGCCUAUCUUGAAGGAGGUCUCGCUCCAGUUGAAGGUGCACGCGCACCCCAACGUGCUUACCAUCCACCACGUGUACGAGUCGCGCUUCAACGUGUUCAUCGUCAUGGACUACUACCCCGAGGGCGACUUGUUCGCGGCCAUCGUCGACAACCAGCGCUACGUCAACGAUUCCUCUUUGGUCAAGUCCGUCUUCAAGCAGUUGUGCGACGCCUUGAUCUUCUGCCACCUGCAGAGCAUUUACCACUGUGAUGUCAAACCCGAGAAUAUCUUAAUAAGCGGUCGUGGCGAGCGCGUGGUCUUGGCCGACUUUGGCUUGGCCAUCAGUACCGCCUUUGUCGACUCCUCCAUUUGUUGCGGCUCCUCCUACUAUAUGGCUCCCGAGCGGGUGAUGCACGGCUUGUCGGCGUCCAGCUCGGCUCUUGUCUCCCGCUCAUCCUCCGUCACGUCGCUCGACGACUACCACCGCUCGCCGCAGCGCUACCCCACCGCCCUGGGCGACAUCUGGUCGUUGACGGUCAUUUUGGUCAACUUGACCUGUAUCCGCAACCCGUGGCUGCAGGCCCAUUCGCUACACGACGAGACGUUCAAGGCCUUCUUGGCCAACCCCAUGGAGGUCUUGCGCAACAUCCUCCCCAUCUCUGUCGAGUUUGCGCUGUUGUUGAUCAGACUGUUCCAGCUCGAUCCGUUCAAGCGCAUUCCCUUGAAGGUGUUGCAGAAAGAGGUCUUGGAUUUGCGUAGCAUGCACGAGUUGGGUCCAAUGAGCUUGUGUUUGCCGUACUACGACGUGGAGGACUGGAAUAUUCAGCCGUAUCCCAGUGACCCCUCGGAAUCCCUCUUCGCCUCCUCUCUUUGCUCGUCAGUGAACCCGUUUGAUGCCUUGAAACCGGGAAAGAGCCACUCGUUAGAAGCGGUCGAGGAGGAGUGCGAACCCUCCGAACGCUCCAAGUUGCCGAUUAUUGACUUAAACUGCGGCGCCCUAUCGCCCUCUACAAUUGCCACCAGUCCUAGCUUCUCCGCCGGGCAUUCGUCCGUUUUGAACUUUUCGCGCCAGAAAGCGUACAUCAAGCCGCAGUCCCAGCUUUCGAAUCUGUACACCACCGAUGAAGACGACUCGUUGUGGACCAUGGACGAUUACAACUCUGGUGCUUCUCAACAAAGCAUCAAAUCCGAUCUCGUGCCUCAUAGCGAUGUUGCCCACCCUUACUACCAACAGCAGACAAGCUGCAACAAGUUUUAUGGCACCAACGGGUACGAUUAUUACAACUCUAAAGCUACAUUGCGCGAUGCCUAUUCGUACCAGCCACAAGGCCACAUAAAUACGCAGGGCCGUAUUUUCCAGAACAUCAGCUCCAUGGUUAACGACACGGAAGAGGACAAUUAUAAGUUUUGCUUAUCAGGGUUUAGAUAG